UUUGAAAUCUCGGUUUGACUUUGACAUUGACAGGUGUAAGGUCAAUGACAUUUAUUACAGGAUUUUUUUGUAAACCGGAUUUUGGAUAGCAAGCCGAUAUACAGGAUCACCAUGGGCUUCAUAUUCGGGCUCAUAAAGAGGAUAAUAAGAUGGAGUUUGUAUUUAGCACUGGUAGCUGCUGCUAUUGUGCUAAUACCCAACCUGCCACCUUACACCGACUUCUCAGUCAUUCCACUUGAACCCACUCAACCUCGAGAAGGGCCGUUAGCACCUAAUGAAGCAUUAAACAAUGCCCAGAAACUGUAUAACGGGAAAUUGCUGGGGCCUGAAGCAUUCCAGUUGUAUGAUGGGGAAGUGUACACCAGCCUGGCUACGGGUGAAAUUGUCAAGCUUUCACCGGGAGGCCAUGUUACUUUUGUUACAAAAGUAGGACAACCUUGCACUGGCCUUCUGGAUGAAGAGAAAUGCGGGCGACCACUAGACUUCGAGAUUGAUGAGAAACAAAAGAAGCUCAUCAUAGCGGAUGCUUACCACGGCAUCUGGAGAGUGGACCUUAAGACUGACAAGAAAGAGUUGCUUGUGUCUCCGCGUAUAGAGAUUGAAGGGAAAUUUCCAAGACUGUUCAACGGCAUCGCACUUGACCGCGACGGUGACUUCUUCUGGACGGACUCUAGCUCGGACUUCUCGUUGAAAGAUGGAGCGAUCAGCUUGCUGACUGAUCCUAGUGGCAGAUUGUUCCACUACAGCGCGGCUAAGAACUCGAGCCGCGUGCUGGUGCAGAACCUGUGGUUCGCGAACGGGCUGGCCGUGUCGCCCGACCGCCAGUUCGUGGUGGUGGCCGAGACCGCCGCCUCUAGGAUUGUGAAGCAUUAUAUCGAUGGGCCGAACAAGGGAAAGACUGAGGAGUUCGUUGCUGGGUUACCAGGCACACCAGACAACGUCCGCGCUCUCCCCGACGGGUCCGGCAUCCUGGUGGGUCUCUACACGGUGCCGGACGCGGCGCACCCACUGCUGACCCGCACACUCGCCGCCACGCCCGCCGCGCGCAAGCUGCUGGCGAGGGUGCAGAGACUGGCUGAGCUGCCGUUCGAGUUUCUGAACCAGCACUUCCCGAAUGUCGUGUUCCAGGAGAUCGUGCACAAUAUCGGACAUUUCAAAACAGUAGGCGGCCUGCUGCCCCCGACGUCGGGACUUAUUCAAAUUGACUGGAACGGCAAGAUCGUAGCUUCAUACUACAACACAGACAAGAGUGUGGUGUCCAUCAGUGACGCCAUUGUGGUGGGCGACCAGCUGUAUCUGGGCUGUCCGCACGUGCAGCAGUACAUCGGCGCAGUCCCCGCCCCUGAAGGACUGAAAAAAGCCUUCGCAUCCGUCCAAAAAGCACCCAAGACUGAAGCACCCAAACCUAAAGUCGAAACCAAACCCAAGGAACAACCCAAAGUGGAGAAGCCUGUAGUGAAAGAAGCGCCGAAGCCAGCGGCCGCCAAGCCACAAGCCAAGCCCGUCGAAACACCCAAGCCCACGCCGAAACCCAUAGAAACCAAACCGAAAUCUGAACCCAAACCGACCCAGCCUCCCAAGCAAGAGAAGCCAGCGACGCCACCACCCAAGAAGGUGGAAACUACUACACCACCACCUAAAGAACAGAAGAAGGUGACGACACCCCCUAAACCGACGAAGCCAGUCGAGAAGGCCGCGCCGACGCCCGCCCCUAAACAAGCUGAGAAGCCCGCCGCGGCGCCCAAGCAAGCGGCCCCUAAACCAGCCGCCGCGCCUACCCCCAAGCCAGCAACCAAGCCGGCUGAGAAACAGCAGGAGAAACCGAAAUCCGUCCCUAAACCGGCCGAACCAAAAGAGGACAAAGCCAAAAAGUCUCCCGAACCAGAGAAGAAAUCAAAGUCUAAGGACAAGAAGGUUCCCGAUGAGAUCCCCAUCCAGGAGUACAUCCCGGUGGACACGGCCAAGCCCGGCAAGGAACCGCUGAAGGUCAUCAAGAAGGAGGGGCCCACAGAGAUCCCCAAUCAUCUGUAGAUAGAAGGUUGUGUUAGGGUAAGUGAGUGUCCAGUUGAGAACAAACUGUGGAGCAAGCAUAAAGUAAAUAUAUUUUAUAUAUUUUUAAAUUAUAACGAACGCAGAAGCGAGUUGUAAAAACAAUGCAAUGUGAGGAUGGGUAACUACUGAUUCAGUAAGUUUUUUUAAACAUUAGUACCUUAUAUCUGAAUCAUUUUAUAGAGUUUAGUAACUUUAGAUGUGAUAAAUCAAAUUCCAAUAUUGAAAAGAAAAACAUUCCGAUAGUCUCGAAUUAGUAUCCGAAUGGGUUGGAAUUCGUAUUUUUUAUGUUGUUGUGGUUUAAUAGAUUUAAAUUAUUUUGAUUGGUUAAAGUUUUUAUAAAUGUAUAUUUGCAAUAUUGCACGCUCUUAAAAGUAAUUUUCAAUUUUAUUAGUUGUGGGUACGUAACGAUUACUUUAAAGCGACAUACAUUAUGUAAAGUGUUUAGUAAUAUUUUUUUAUUUAUGUUUAAAAAACUAUUGUAGAGUGACCAUGAUAUUUAUAGUUAGUUACCAGAAAGUGCAAUCUCAAUCUAGCCUGUUACUCAUUUAUACUUCUUAUUUUAUCAUUAGGCAAUGUACAUUAUUUUCGUGUAUAAAUCAAUCUCGUAUAACGUACAAAUAGUACAACAAAUUUGUAUUUUCAUUCACGCCACUUGCAUUUCACAUACCUACAUACAUUUUAAUAUGUUUAUAUUUUAAUAUUUUUAUCUUCUUUUUAUACCAGAACUGUGUCUUAAUUAUGUCGUUAUUGUUGAUGCGAGGAAUUGUAAAUGCGAUGUAAGCAAUAAAUGAUUUUAUUAAAAUUA